GGUGAGUGUCCUUCCCGGGGCCGCGGCGGCGGAGGGUCCCCCGGGCCUUUCCCACGACCGCUGGGCUUCCGGGCGCGCGAGCCUGACACCUCCCCCCACCCCCCCGCGGUGACUGGGGAGCUGCUUCUCCCGCCCCCCAGGUCCUAUGUUCCUACUCCCUCCUCCCCCACCACCUGCCGCCCGGCCUGUCUCGCUGCCCCGCGGCUCCUGGGAGUCUCCGGGGAACCCCGUGCCGGGGCAGGCACAGGAGGAGGGGCCGGGCCCCUGAGUUCCUGAGCGCUGCGGGGACCCGGCCCCUCCCGCGGGCCCCCCUAGCUGCCGGCCUGGUCUGGCGGCCUCGCGGGGUCGGCAGCUCGCAGCGCGAAUGUCUGGGACAGGGCCGCCCGGUGCGAGCGGGGCUGGCGUGUCCCCGGUCCUUGCUGGAGCCCGUGAGGUCCGGCGGGGGCGGAGAGGAAACCCAAAGGCGGGCGCACCCUGCCAGGAAGCGGCGGCGGUUUGACAGCUCAGCCUCGUGGGCAAAUCCCGUCCUGUACUUUGACUCUGAGCUUCCUCCCUGUGUGCAAAGUAUUCUAUUGAACAGCAAUUACAAUGGGAGAUACUGCAAAACCUUGCUUUGCCAAAAGAAAAAAGGAGUGGGGAGUUUUAGAUGAGGAGGAAUUGAAGAGGAGCCCUUUACAACAGGACUGCCACGCCAUGGAUGCUUACGGACCUGGCAAAAAAAUAGAUAUAGGCUUUCCGAAGAAAAAAGGAACACAAGCUCACUGUGGAAACAGUCCCAGAAAAGGACCACAUUGUAUUCUGAGUAGCUCAAAUUCUUUUAAAAACAUGGGUCAUAACCAAGGGGUAAGGAUAAAUGAUACCCAAAAAGACCAAAUUAAGAAAUGGAUAUCCGAUGACCAUCGUGGCAAUUCAGACAGCUGGAGAGAGUACAAAUCUACAGUUCGGAUUCCUGUGCUUAACAGGACAAGAAAAGACUCUUUUCAUGAGGUUGAAGGUGCAGGAAGCAGAAAUGUAAGAAGACCGCUUCAGAAAGACUUAAAUGAAGAAAUGUCAGACACACAGAAAGGAAACUCUGAAAUGAAGAAACAUAGGAAACCAAGGAGAUCAAGAAGGACAGGAAAAGAGGAGUAUGAUCAAGAUGACGAUGUGGAAAGCCCGGUUAUAGAUGAGUCGAUGCUGUCAGUGAAGGAACUACUAGGGUUGCAGCAGGCUGAAGAGCGAUUAAAGAGAGACUGCAUUUACAGACUAAAGAAGCGUCCUCGAAACUACCCCACAGCCAAGUAUACCUGCAAAUUAUGUGAUGCUUUGAUUGAGUCAGUGACAUUUGCUCAUAAGCACAUUAAAGAGAAGAAGCACAAGAAAAACAUAAAGGAAAAGCAAGAAGAACAACUGCUGACUACCCUGCCUCCACCAACACCUUCCCAGAUACAAGCUAUUGGUGUUGCCGUUGAAAACGUAGUGCAAGAGUUUGGCUUAAAUAAUGAGGAUUUGGAACAAAGACUCAAAAUUAAAACAGCGAUGGAAGAUUUAUUGCACCCAAAAUUGCCAGAUUGCUCGCUAAGGCUGUACGGCUCCUCCUGUAGCAGAUUUGGUUUCAGAACAUCUGACAUAAACAUUGAUGUCCAGUUUCCAGCCAAUAUGGCUCAACCAGAUGUUCUCUUACUUGUACAAGAAAGUCUGAAGAAUAGUGAAUCUUUUAUUGAUGUUGAUGCAGAUUUCCAUGCUAGAGUACCAGUGGUGGUGUGCAGAGAAAAGCAAAGUGGCCUUGUUUGUAAAGUAAGCGCAGGGAAUGAAAAUGCUUGUCUGACGACAAACCAUUUGGCUACUCUUGGAAAACUAGAACCAACUCUUGUACCUCUAGUGAUUGCCUUCAGGUACUGGGCGAAGCUGUGUUGUGCUGAUCGUCCUGAAGAAGGAGGUUUGCCAUCUUACGUGUUUGCUUUAAUGGUCAUUUUCUUUCUACAACAGAGGAAAGAGCCAUUUCUGCCUGUUUAUUUGGGAUUGUGGAUUGGAGGAUUCUCCUUAAACAAAUUAGUAAACUUCAACCUUAAAGAUGUUGAGAAUGAUAUCGUGGUCUGGGAGUAUAAUCCUGCUGUUGAUGAUGCUGAUUCUGCAAAAGAAGCUUCUCCUAAAAGGGGCAAGGUUCCCUUAGUGUUUGAUUCAGGACACCAGUGUUCAGCACCAGUUGGGCAGCUUUGGGUAGAACUGCUUCGCUUCUAUGCCUUGGAGUUUAAUUUGGCUGAUCUGGUCAUCAGCAUACGACUCAAAGAACCAGUGUCUCGUGAAUCAAAGGACUGGCCUAAAAAGCGCAUGGCUGUGGAAGACCCUUACUCAGUAAAGAGGAAUGUGGCAAGAACUCUGAACAGUCAGCUAGUCUAUGAAUAUAUUCUUCACUGCUUAAGGGCAACUUACAAAUAUUUUGCCUUGCCCCACAAAAAACCUACAAAAUCCAGCCCCAAAAAGCCUUUGAAUGUCAAUGAGGAGACAUCACAAAGAUUAGAACCUGAAAAGGAUGCCAUAAAGCAUGAUGCCACCGAUACGCAAAACGUAGCUGACCAAAUGGGGGAAGUGGUAGCAGCUGAUUGUAUUAAUAUUAUUGACAGAAGUAUAGACAUGCCUCAGGCAUGUACAGUUGAUCCUUCAAAGGUGUUUGUCUCUGAAAGCGUGACCAAAGAAGAAUUGGCAGAUGAUAUAGGACAUUUGGGAAUUGCUCAGGAAGAUUCAGACUUUGUAAUUGAAGAGAUGAUUUCUGGUGAUAAUGAGAACUUUAAACCAAGCUGUGUAGAGACAGAAAGUGGAAAUGAGGAGGAGGAGGAGGAAGAGGAAGAACAUGACCAAGAUGAGAAAUGGCAGAAAAAUGUGAUAGUUAUUGAUCAAGGCUUGGAUGACUACAGUGAAAAUGGAGAUCUCCCUAUUCCAGCAAGUGAGCAUGAUAUUGAAACAUACAGUAUUUCGGACUCUGAAGGUGUUCAGAGCACUGUAGUCAGAGAGAGUGAUGAGUUUGGUUUAGAGUGCAAUGUAAUACUCGACGAUAAGGCUGACAUGGAUGAGGAGAGCACAGAGGGGACUGAUGAACUGGAUGAUUCCCUGAACAAACGUGCACCUUCGUUAUCUGAAAUGAAUAACUCAGAUGAGGAAGGAGAGGAAGAGGAGGGAGAACAGAGUUUUCUCCUAAACCAAAGAGAAUGUGGUGGUAUUGUGACUGGACAAGAUGAUGAGCUGGACAAUACUUACACUGCAUCUGGGGAUGAAGAUGCACUGUCUGAGGAAGAAUUGUCCGUCUCUGUUAAAUAUGAAGAGACAGAGCUGGGAAAACAUGUAGCUAAAUCUCUAAGGGUAGAUUUGAAUGAAGAGGAUUUUAUAGAGAAAGGAAGCCUUUGUGAAGAGGGCAUACUAAUAGGACAAUUUAUGGAAUCUGAGCUCUUUUAUGAAUUUAAUAAACCCGCUUUCACAAAGGGCAAGUCUCCUAUGGUUGUAUGUAGCUUGUGCAGACGAGAAGGUCACCUAAAGAGGGAUUGUCCAGAAGACUUCAAAAAAAUUGAGCUAGACCCUUUGCCAGCGUUGACACCCAAGUUUUCAAAUAUUUUAGAUCAAGUUUGCAUCCAGUGUUACAAGGAUUUUGCUCCAAAUAUUAUAGAGGAUCAGGCUCGUCAACAUAUACGGCAAAAUCUGGAAAGCUUCAUCAGACAGGAGUUUCCAGGAACCAGGUUGAACUUGUUUGGCUCAUCAAAAAAUGGCUUUGGCUUCAAACAAAGUGACCUUGAUAUCUGUAUGACAAUUGAUGGACUGGAAACUUCUGAGGGACUUGAUUGCAUAAGAAUCAUUGAAGAAUUAGCAAGAGUGCUUAAGAAACAUUCAGGUCUAAGAAAUGUCUUGCCAAUAACAACUGCUAAAGUGCCAAUUGUCAAGUUCUUCCAUGUGAGAAGCAGUCUUGAAGUAGACAUCAGUUUAUAUAAUACACUGGCCCUGCAUAACACAAGACUCUUGUCCUCUUAUGCAGCCAUUGAUUCCAGAGUGAAAUAUCUGUGUUACACAAUGAAAGUCUUUACAAAGAUGUGUGACAUUGGAGAUGCAUCUAGAGGUAGCCUGUCCUCCUAUGCAUAUACUCUUAUGGUGCUUUAUUUUCUUCAGCAGCGAAACCCACCAGUCAUUCCUGUUCUCCAAGAGAUCUACAAGGAGCCAAAGAAGCCUGAAAUUUUAGUUGAUGGUUGGAAUGUUUAUUUCUUUGACAAAAUAGAUGAGUUGCCAGCCUGUUGGCCAGACUAUGGUUCAAACACUGAAUCUGUUGGGGAGCUAUGGCUGGGACUUCUCCGCUUCUACACGGAAGAAUUUGAUUUCAAAGAACAUGUUAUCUGCAUCAGAAGAAAAAAUCUGCUUACAACUUUCAAGAAGCAGUGGACCUCCAAAUAUAUUGUUAUUGAAGAUCCCUUUGAUUUGAACCACAAUCUUGGAGCUGGCUUAUCAAGAAAAAUGACAAAUUUUAUAAUGAAGGCUUUUAUCAAUGGCAGAAGGGUAUUUGGUACCCCAAUAAAAGGAUUUCCUAAAGAAUAUCCCUCAAAAAUGGAAUACUUCUUUGACCCAGAAGUCCUGACAGAAGGAGAACUGGCCCCAAAUGACAGAUGCUGCAGAAUUUGUGGUAAAAUUGGACACUUCAUGAAAGACUGUCCCAUGAGGAGAAAGUUGAGACGACGACAUGAUCAUGAAGAUAUUAAAAACCAAAGGUACAUCGAGAACAACGAGAAAAGCAGCAAAGAGGAAAAAGAUACCUCAAUGAAGGAAGGAACGAUAUUAUGUACACCUCAGAAAAACAAACUAGGGAGAGCAACACUGGACACAGGAAGAGAGAAGGCUUCCAGGCAGUCAGCAGAGAAGUGGAAGCGGCAGGAGGACAGGGACUUAAGAGAAAAACGUUGUUUUAACUGUGGGAGAGAAGGCCACAUUAAAAAAGAGUGCCCACAGUAUAAAGGAGCUGCAGGUGGAUCAAAGUCAGAAGGUUCAUGUGGAUCCCCUUCUUCACCCAGUGCUGUUAAACAUGCUGGUAGAGUAAAUCAGGGAAUACUUUUACAUGAGGAGAAGAGGAAACAAAAAGGAAAAGUAUUCCUGAGUCCCCAAACAGGCAGCCUUGCCAAUAAAUACAUGGCUCAGGGAAAAGCCUCACAGAAGAGGACCCACCAAGAAUCAUGAGGGGACUGAAGAACUCUGAAAUUGCAAUACAGGCCAUCCAAUCACUUCAAAAAUUAGGUUCAUUUUGGCUAAAGCUUCUGGGCUCACAAGACAGCAGCACAAAACAAUCUUCAAUUUGAGUUUAAAGAAAACAUGGUAUUUUAUUUUAAUUAGAUUGCUAAAAGUCCAAGACAAUGGAUUUUAAUGCAGUGUUCCUACUAUGGACUCCUGCUCUUAAUAGAUUAUUUGAACAUUUUAAUAGAAAGCCAUGAUCUUUGUAUUUGUUUUAGGUAAAACAUGUAGAUAAGAGCAGGUGCUCAUUUUCAAGAUUUUAACAUUCAAAGUGCACCAAAAUUGCGUGCAAGCCAAAUAUUUUAUUUUUCUUCAAAAAUUGACUUUUUUGAAGGAGGAAAUGCUAUUUAUUAAUGUUAAUUGUUUACUGAAUCCUUGUGUAAAGUGUUUAAAAUGUUUGUGGACUACUACUGAUGUAUUUGCAAACAUUUUAUCUGCAGAGAAUUGAAAACAAACAUUAGUAAACUUUUUUGUGAAACUGCUGUGGACACACUGCCACUGAGUUGUUUUUUUCCCUUUUUGAUUUUAUGAGUUAAUAUGCUGCUGUGCUUGUGUACAGAAAGACUGAGAAGCAGGUUAGUCCUGUUUGAUGCUGCUAAGAAUCUUUUCCAGGGCCUAUAAAACGCAACAGACAAUUGCUAAAAGGCAAAAAAAAAGUGAUAAUCAGCCAUGGGGGAUGGAGGUUAAAUGCUUUUCACUUUUCCUAAAAAGUGAAGAGGAUCCAACUGCCAGUCAACGAUUUAAUUAGUGUUGUCAUCUUAAAAUUUACUUGAAGUCCUUUUGGAGCUGGUACUAUACCUUCAUACCCUGUUCUCGGGGGGGCAGGAAUCCAUACAUGGUAAAAAUGAAACCACUGUUAUUUAUGACUUUGAAAUAAAAACUUAAAACUUGAAA